AUGGCGGCCUGGCCCGGCGCCGCGGGGGAGGCGCGCGACGAGGCGGCCCUCUGGGGCUACGACUCCACGUGGGAGAGCGGCAGCGACGAAGAGGAGGAGGACGAAGAGGAGGAGAGCGGCGGCGAGCCGGCAGCCGGGGCCGAGCCGGCGGCCGCGGCCGAGCCGCAGGACGCCGGGCCGGCGGCGGGGCCGGGUGGCUGGCGGAGCGGCCGCCAGGCCGGCGGCGCCCAGUUCUUAGGCAAGCGCAACUGGAAUGCAGCGAAAGACUUGCAGAGAUACAGACGUCGCUACCCGGAUUUGGUAGAACCAGAAAGUGAUGAGGAGGAAAAGAUGUGGAACUUGAGCUUCUACAGAAAUGAGGUUCCUUUUAUGCCCCGUGGUUUGCUUAUUGAACGUCUUCUUGAGACUUGGUGGGACGACUAUGAAAUUCUUGAAGAAAAUCAUUCUUACAUACAGUGGUUAUUCCCUUUACGUGAACAUGGGAUGAACUGGCAUGCCAGGCGACUCACGUGUCAAGAAAUAGAGGCCUUGAAAAAGUCCAGUGAUGUUAUGCGAAGAUUUGAACGUGCUUAUCAGCUCAUGUUGAGAUUUUAUGGAAUCUCUCUGACUAAUCAGAAAACUGGAGAACUUAAAAGAGCAGAAAAUUGGGCUGAACGAUUCCAAAAUCUGAACCGGUUUAGCCACAACAAUUUGCGCAUUACUCGCAUCCUGAAGUGCCUGGGGGAAAUGGGAUACGAAGAUUAUCAAGUCCAGUUGGUGAAGUUUUUCUUAACAGAAACUCUUGUAAAGGAGACGCUACCAAAUGUCAAGAGAAGUGCCUUGGAUUACUUUCUGUUCACUGUCAGAAACAAACGGAAGAGAAGAGAACUAGUCUACUAUGCCUGGCAGCACUUCAAACCUCAGAGCAGCUUUGUAUGGGCGCCGCAAGACAAACUGCUGAGGUACAGGCCCCGCGCAGCCAAGACACAGCCGUGCCAAAAGGGUGAAAGUAAACGGGAAAUUCCUGUCGCAAAAAGCGAUGGGUCGGUGGAAAAGGAUCAGAAGGAUCGGUUGCUAGAGGAGGAGAAGAAAGUUGAAGAUAAUGGAGAUGGUCUAAAUGUAAGUUCAGACUUACAGCCUGAAGACGUGAAUGAAAAAGAUCUAGGAGAGAAGUUAAAUGAACGUGUUUUGGAGGGAGGGGAUGGUGAAGAAGAGAAAGACCGUUUACUUGCACAACAGGAGGAGAAGAAUUUGAACAGUGAGGCUGAAGAAGUGCAGAGUAUGGCAGAGAGUGAUGGCACCAAGGAGAGCAAGAAGAGAAAACUGGAUGCAAGUAAGGCAGACACUAAACACAGUGAAACAUUGUUUCCUCCUGAUAUUGAAAAAAUUUCCCGUAAUCUGGGAGAAUGUGCAAUUGAUGCUGAAAACCCCUCCUCAGCUUCAGYGCAGCAGACAGAAGAGAAUGAGAAAAUACUUAAAGACACUGUGGGCACUGGAGACGCACCAGCACCAGAGCCAACUGAUGGAGCUGUAAAGCGGAGGAAAGUUGAUGAAAUAGCACAGAAAGGCAAAACUUGCCCCCUGGCCAUUAACCUAAAUAUGAAGCCCUCUGCUCCCAGUGCCCACUCAAAUAYACCCAUUACAACCACUGACACUGAGGAGGGGAAAGUUAGUGAAAAAAAGGCAGCUGUGGAAGAGAGCAGCGAGAACUCCGGUGGUGAUGCAGAAGGAGGGGUUGUGGACUCCAGAGCUGAGUGCAAAAUUCCCAAUAUGGACCAGAUUUCUCCAAGAAGCGACGACCUGGAGUCAGGUGGAGACAAAGUCAGAGCUGAGAGCGACCAGCCUCACUGCAGCAGUGUCCUCCCGGGAUGCAAGAGCGAGGCAGACGGGGUAGAACAGCAUGAAAAGGCAGAAGAAAAUGGGAGUGAAAACACACGAGCAAAAGCCACAGACAAGAACCAAGAUCAAAAGAGACCUGAGCAAAGCACAGCAACCAUUUGUUCUGAGCAAGACAAUGCUGAGGUUGCAGGACAAAAAGCAGAUACCUCUCAGCAAGUGGCAGGACCUGAUGAAGGACCGGUAGGGACAAAGCCAAGUGUGGCAGCAUUGCUGAAGCAGGCAGAGAAGAGCCUGCUUUAGCUGCUGGAGCCAGCUUUGGUGAUAUGGAUAGCAGAGAUGCAUGGGAAAACAGAUUUGCUUCGACUCAACCUGGUUAAAUGCAGCCUGACCUUCACUUUUCAACCCCCCCCCCCCUUUUUUUUUAAAUCAUUUAUAGAACCAGCCCUUGCUUAUUCUAAAGAGGUCAGGGCUAAUUUAGUCAUCUUCAUGGAUGGCUGUAUCCUAUUGCUGCUUUUUAUCCAAAAUUCAUGACUAUUUGG